AUGUCGGCAUCGCCGUCCCUCGUCGACAGCGUCCGGCACCACGCCGUCGGCGCCUACAGCUAUGCCCAGCGCUCCCUCGACCGCGUCGUCGAGCCCGAGACGCGCCUUCGCGCCUACGACGCCUCCUAUGCCCUGGCUUCCACGCGGCCCUUGAUAUUCUCCGCCGCCGCCACCCUCCUCUUCUUUUCCGCCCUGCCCAUCCUGCUCUUCUCCGUCUUCGCCGUCUCCGUCGCCACCAUGGCCGUCGGCGGCGGCAUCCUCUUCGCCCUCUUCUGGCUCGCCCUCGGCGUCCUCUUCCUCGUGCCCACUCUCGCCGUCACCUCUCUGCUCGCCCUGCUCGUCUGGGCCUGGGCUGCGGGCAGCUUCGUCAUCGCCCGCGCCGCGUACCGCGCCGUCGUCGCGUGGGAGGCCGGCGGCGAUGGCUCGCGGGGCAUCGCUGCGUCAGAGACGAGAGCUCAAGGGUUCAAGCGGCCGCCGCCCGUGCCGCAGGUCCGGCCCGAGAAGAAGACGGCCAGCGGCAACGGCCACGAUGCAGUCCCAGUUGCCAAGGACGCGUAG